AUGAUUAUGCAUUAUGUUUUAAACCAUAAAAAAGAUUUCUGCGGCAUCUGUAGGUACUUUGUGCCAGAUAGGCAGGCAUGGCAGGCGCAUGUAAAAUUUCAUAUUCCUUGGCCCUGCUCGCAAUGCAUCGCGAAUUUCCCCACCCAAAUAACUUUACGCCAACACCUUAGCAGCGUACACAAUCUUGUCCACUGUCGCCUCUGUCACUUCCGGCUUCCCGACGACGAACAGUACCACACGCAUUUGUUCCAAAAGCACAACGUAACCAACGUUCUCAUUAAAGAUGAAGAGGUGCUGUGGGAUUUCGACUACGAAGGCACCACGAAGUUCAUCUGCCUCCUCUGCUCGAAGCCCAACAAUCUCAGCUCGACGUUCUUCGCCCAUUACAUGGGCUAUCACCAUUUCACGAUCAAAUGUCUGACUAGUCUGAUAUCCGGCCGGGACCCACCGUUCACUGUUAACGGCGCCGACGUCAGCGCCCACUUCAUCGACGGCCAGCUGCAGGGGCGGAUCCGAUACGGCUACGUGGAUCUGGACAAGACACCGCUGGAAGGUCUAAACAAAUCCAGCAACAGUAGUGGCGACGCGUUGAACUAUUUGAAGACUGAAAUAAAACAAGAGACGGCCAGUGACAAUGAUGAGAGCAAAAAGGAUAGUUCUAAAGCGGACCCUAACGUGGACCCAGAGGACCCCCACAAGGAUUACAAGGGCGAUGAGGAUUUCGACGUGACGCUAACGGAGCUGAUAGUCCUGGAGAAGUGCUACUUCGACUACGUGAAUCGGACCACGAACGACAUAAACUGCAACCAGAUGCCGGAGAACUCCUGCAUAGAGUACGAGGACGACAAGUCCGGCAUCAUAAUGGACGUCGACUGUCCGCUGUGCAGUUCGAAGUACGAGAACACGCAGGCGUUCACUAUGCACAUGAACAAGAUGCACUGCGUGAAACUGGUGCCCUUGUACACCUGCAGGGUGUGCGCGUCGACGUUCGACAACCAGGCCGAGCUGGAGUCCCACGUGGCCAUCGAGCUGGGCAACUUCGACGACCUCUGGAUCUGCCAGUUCUGCGACAAGGAGUUCGACAACCGCGAGGCCACCAGGAGGCACCUCACCGAGCACUGGGAGGUGAUGGAGUACGACAACUGCUUCAGCCCCCAUCUCGGCUUCAAGUGCAGAUUCUGUCCCACUCUGUUCUGGAACGAGAACGACCGCGAAUCCCACCAAGUGAGAUCGCAUUUCAGCAAAUAUAAGGACCAGUUUUAUAAAUGCGAAAGCUGUUCGGAAAUAUUCAGCGAUAAGGUGUGGUUCAUACACCAUCAUUUGGAGAAGCACUUUGCUAACAAGAUGACAACCUAUUUACUGAAGUGUUGCCUCUGCUGCAUUGUAUUACCGAAUAUCGACGAGAUGAGGAGCCAUUUCUUGGAGGAGCAUCCCGAAGCGAGGAAGGUGUAUUGCUCUUUGGACAUGUGCCAAUACAAGCCCUUAAGCCAUAGAAAAUCGUUUAAACUUCACGUAAAGACGAUUCACAACCCGUCGACGCGCGCCGAGAAGGCGGUCAGCUGCGCGGUGUGCGGGCGAGAGUUCGCGAGCUCGCGCGCGUGCGGCGCCCACAUGGCCCAGGUGCACGGCCCCGGCAAGUUCAAGUGCAAGCUGUGCAGGGACGUGCUGCACACACUCGACGAGAGGAAACUUCAUUACCUGCUGCGCCACCCGGGCCGCCAUCCGUACGAGUGUGCGGAUUGCGGGAAGUCGUUCCAGUACAAGUCCUCGCUGUACAUGCACCGGCAGGACCACGCGCCCAACAAGCAGAGCUUCACCUGCUCAUACUGUGGCAAGGUGUUCAUGAAGAAGGACUCGUUCCGCGAGCACGUGCAGAUCCACGAGGGGCCGCGGCACGCGUGCUCGUACUGCCCGAUGCGCUUCGUGCAGCGCUCGAACAUGCUGCGCCACGAGCGGCGGCACACCGGCGAGCGGCCCUACGCGUGCCCGCAUUGCCCGCGCACCUUCGCCGACAAGGGCGCCUGCAACUCGCACGUCAGAACACAUUCCAAAGAGACGUCAUUCGCCUGUCUCUACUGCGGUCAGACGUUCGUCCAGAAGUCGAAGCUUACUUACCACAUCAGAAAGCACACUGGAGAGAAUCUGGAGACGUGCCCUGUUUGCUCGAAACUGUUCACCAGCGGAUGCGCAUUACGCGAACACAUGAAGAUACAUAUCGCGAAGAAGGAACUGGUCAAGUGUCCGCUCUGUGACCGCAAGUACCAGGACGAGCGCUACAUGCUUCGCCACCUGCGCACCACGCACACCGGCGCGCACCACACGUGCCCGCUCUGCCACAAGCUGCUCACCAGCGCGCCGGGCCUUCGCCACCACGUGCUCACGCACAGCGCCGUCAACCUCUUCCACUGCAAGUGCUGCCAGAAGUCCUACGCCAUCAAGAGAACUAUGAUAAAGCACCUGCGCAAGCGUCACGGUCUAAAAGGCACCGAGAUCAACAUAAAGGACUUCUUUAAAAAGCUCGACCCCAGGGAGUGCCAAUUGGGUCUGGACGAGGAGACCAUGACAAGCAUCUUUGGGCCGCCCAAGAAGGUGAUGACCGAUAUCCUGAUUGGCGACUACGUAACCUUCGCCAACAACUUCAACAACAGCCAGAGCAACGACCAAGAUGACGGAGAAAACACAGAGGAGGACUCGCGGGAGGACGCUAGAGAAGACGAACAGUCAGCUGAGGAGGAUUACAAAUACUAUAAUGAGAAUCGCGACGACACAGCUGAUGGCAAGAGAGAGGUGGAGAUUGAGAACGUCAGCAUCAAACAGGAGGCCAUCGCGACUGAAGUGGAAUUGGAGCCGACGGAUUUUGUCAGCGUUAAGAUCGAACCCUAUGAUGAGAAUGAGUCGAAU